UUAGGCUGGACCAUAGAAAGUCUGUUAGACUGGGGACAGUUUAUCAAGCUUGCUGUGGCUGGAAUGGUGAUGAUUUGUAUUGAGUGGUGGAGUUUUGAAAUAGGAUCAUUUCUUGCAGGGUCGUAUGGUGAGUACCAACUGGCCACAUAUGGGGUAAUUUUCCAGUGGGCCGCAUUUCAUUUUAUGAUUCCUCUUGGAAUAAGCAUUGCCGCUGGUGUCCGUGUUGGAAAUGCUUUGGGUGCCGGCGACCCAGCUGCGGCAAAAAGGACAGCAAAAGUGGCUAUUGGACUUAUCGUCUGUAUAGAUCUUGUUGUGUUUGCCAUUUUCUUUGGACUGCAAGACAUGACUGGGAGAGUGUUUACCGAUAACAGCGAAGUGUUGUCAUUAUACACAAAGAAUAUUCGCUUCAUGUCUGCCUACUUUCUCUUUGAUGGAGUCCAGGGUGUUUGCAGUGGUAUUGUCCGAGGAUCAGGCCGGCAGACGAUAGGAGUACUGAUAAAUUUUGUUGCCUAUUGCUGUAUUGGGCUUCCUUGUGGGAUAACGUUGAUGUUUUUAGUCUUCCAUGAAAUUACAGGUCUCUGGAUAGGCUUGGGGAUUGGAGUCGUAUCUCAGGCGUCUUUAUAUGUGAUUCUACUGUGGAGAACAGACUGGGAGAGGCAAGCACAGCUGGCGAAAGAACGAACAGCAAUCAAGGCAGCGUUGUACAAUGUAUCAGAGACUUGGAUAAAUGUAGAAGUUAGCAGAAGAGAAAGAGAUGCGAUGCUGUCCAGUUGGAUCUACAAGACCUCAUCCCUUCCAUUCUUAUGCCGAUUUCAUGCGGCAAACAAUUAUUUUGAACUCUUGACUAGUGACGGGAACAAACGGACUGAGUGUAAUGGCGAACUUGAAUUUAACCUAGAGGACAGUGCGUUAGAAACAGCGUGUGGUACAAGUCAUCAUAUUAGACUAACAUCAUCAGAGAAAAAGUCUCUCAUUACAAAACGUCUUAUUCCGUUGGGUAUUUCAUUGUUGAUAUUAGGUGCCGCCGUAUUUGUCCAGUUUUUUGUUCCUUUACCGCCCUCAUAUGAAACAGCGACCGUUGAUAAUAAAACAGUUAGUGGUAACAUUACUGGUAAUCAAGCACACGUCCUAACUGAUUUAUUUUAGGCGAUUAUUAUUAUUUUUUUUGAUGUUAGUCUUUCUUCUUCAGACAGUCUUGUCUUUAAUACUGAAGAGAAAUGUGCU